AAGCCGGAACUAGUUACCUUUAAAGAGCCAAUCAGAUGCGUUCCGGACCUUCUUUCAGAGAUCCAAAAGAUCUGUGUGUGUCCACUUGCUUAGCUUCUGCGUAGCUUAAUGAAGAAUAAUGGAUUCGUCAAGUCCUCCUGUAAAAUGUGGGUACUGUGGCUGGCUGAUACAAGGUUGUCGGACUAUUCUACAACACAAGUGCCUAGAGCACUAUGACGAGCAUGUACACUGCUUGAAAGUGGACGAAAAUUUUGUUGUUACUCUGAUACCAAGACCAGGUGCUACGCAAUCUCUAGCUACCGAAGAGGUCGACGAUGAGAAUUUAGUGUCCGACGAGGUCCUUAUUGAAGCUAUUCCAAAAAGACCAGCCCUGUACAAUGCGCAAUUACCUGUGAAACAGAGGACAAAAUUGAAGAUUAAUGCGUUGUGGUUGGAAAUCAGCAAUACCUUAGGAGGCAUGACCGCAGAAGAUGCGAAAAAAAGAUGGCAAUAUAUGCGAGAAUGUUACAUGAAGGAAAAGAAGAAGCAGCAUACAUACACACCUAGCGGGUCUGCAGCUGGCAAUUCAAAAAGAACGUCAUUCCGACAUUAUGACCUGAUGAAGUUUUUGGGCGACUCGUUACCGAACACACAAACUAUUAGUAAUAUUGCUGUACCUCAAUCGCCUAGUGAUAGCGGCUGUUCGAGCGUUUCCCUUAUCCAGGAUGUCAAUUGUGGCAUAGUUCCUCCUGGUCCCUCAUCAGCGUCAUCCACAUUCUCGAGCAAUACUGAUCGCGACUCACUGAUGUCACCAACACCACCUUCAAGAACUCCAACACCAGGCCAAAAGAAGCGAAAGUUGAGUGAAAGUAACGCUGAUCUACGCUCAGCGUUAAUAGAUGCGUUGAAGCAGCCUGUAGCGCAAGUAGAUGCAGUCGAUGGCAUGCUGCUUCGGUUAGGCGAAGGCCUGUGAAGACUUCCAUACCGCGAGAGAACGGCUUUGGAAAUUAAAUUUCUAACUAUGCUUAUGGAAGUCGAGGAGAGGCUCAACUUGCAAGACUGAAAUGGGAUUCUGGCAGAGUUAUUUAUUAUUAUUUUUUUAUAAACUGCGUUUAAAUAAUCCGUCUGUUCUUUUUAUACACUACCGAUAAGUUUACAGUUAUUU